AUGUCUUCCAUGUAUCGGCAUGGCGACGCUGAAAUAGCUGGACCGGGUGGCAUCGAGCUGCAAGAACGACACGCCCACAACGCAUCUCUGCACAAAGAGGGAUCUGUCACCGUCGCCGAGGACCUGCCUGCAAGUUCCUGGCCCAACGCCAACGAAGAUGGCGGCAACAAAUCGGCGUCUUCCGAUGUCCUUGCCAUGCAAAGGAUGGGCAAGGAUCAGCAACUUAUGAGGGAAUACCGAUAUCUCUCCAUAGCCUCGUUCGCUUGCAUUGCAAUGGCCACGUGGGAGAUCGGCUUGUUCACCAUCGGACAAUCGCUCAUGGAUGGGGGCUCGCCCGGCCUCCUCUGGGGUACACUCUGGAACUUUAUCUGCGCGGGUCCGUUAUGGCUCAGUCAGGCGGAGAUGGCAUCGAUGGCUCCGAUCGCUGGGGCACAAUACCAUUGGGUCUCAGAGUUUGCUCCGGAGAAGUGGCAGCGGUUUCUGAGUUACUUGACUGGCUGGACGUCGACCUUAGCAUGGCAGUCGGGUAACACAGUCGGCGUGUUCCUUGUCGGAGGCCUAGUCCAAACAUUGAUCUCCGUCUUCCAAGAAACCUACGCGUUCCCAGCAUGGCAUUGUGCUCUGAUGGCUGCUGCAGCAAUGAUUCUCGCCUACAGCGGAUCCGUCUACUGCGCAAAGCUGCUCCCUUACUUGCAGAACGUCCUUCUCGUCGUCCAUGUCUUCGCCUUCUUUGGCCUCAUCAUCCCGAUAUGGGUGUAUGCUGAGACCGCCACAAACCAACAGGUCUGGCUUGACUUUGUCAACUCAGGUGGCUGGUCUACCGUGCCUCUCGCAGUCCUUGUAGGGCAACUCACCCCUAUCAGUCAACAGGUGGGAAUCGACACGGUCGCGCACAUGUCCGAGGAGGUCCGCGAUGCUCCAAGAACGGUGCCACGCGCGAUGCUGACCGUGUACGGCAUGAACUUUGUCCUCAUGUUCAUCGCCUUCCUCACCAUUUGUUACCAUCUGCCCCACCCGCAAGCCGCGCUCAACGAGCCUUCCGGUUAUGAGACCAUCUAUGUGAUGAAGCAGUCCAUGUCGAAAGGCUGGGUGGCUGUGCUUCUGGUGAUAAUCAUCUUGCUCACUUUCGCCUCGAACAUCAUGUACCUCACCGCCACGAGUCGAGAUCUAUUCGCCUUUUCACGCGACAAGGGCGUACCCUUCUGGACCUGGCUGAGCAAAGUCCACUGGAAGCGAAAAAUCCCCCAAAACGCCAGCCUGGCAUCGAGCGUCUUCGCUAUCCUUCUAUCGCUGAUUUAUAUCGGGAGUCCCACGGCGUUCUGGGCCAUCAACUCGCUACUCACAGUCGCCCUCCUCUCAUGCUACGACUUAUCCACCGGCUGCGUGCUAUACCGCCGGAUCUACCACCCGGAAACCCUGCCUCCGGCUUCUUUCUCCCUGGGUAAAUGGGGUGUCUUCUGCAACGUCUGGGCCAUUGUCUGGUGCACGUGGUCCUGCUUCUGGUGUUUCUGGCCCGCGGGUUUGCCGGUCACGGCACCCGACUUCAAUUGGGCCAGCGUUAUUUAUGCUGGGGUGCUGAUUAUUGCUUUGGUCUAUUUUGUUCUGAAGGCUAGGUUCCAGUACGUUGGACCGGUACAGGACGUGGUUGGACGGGGUGUACACCGCAUGUGA